ACAGCUUAAAAAUAAUAUAAACUGUUCCAAAAUAGGAUUUCGGAUAGGAUGUAAUGUCAGAGCUUAAAAGAGAGAACAGUUCAGAAAUGGCUUCGCGCAUCGUAGCUAGUGCGACAGUUCGAGCUGUCAAGGGGAGAAAAAUUCUGCCAUCCCGGGCAGCUUUGGUUUUAACGCCGAAUGCAAUCAAUAAAAUCAAAGAAAUUUUGCACGAUAAACCAGAAUAUAUUGGAUUAAAAGUUGGUGUGAGGCAAAGAGGGUGCAAUGGCUUAAGUUAUACAUUGGAUUAUGCUACAGAGAAAAGCAAACUGGAUGAAGAAGUUAUUCAAGAUGGUGUUUGUGUGAUAAUUGACACAAAGGCCCAGUUGUCAUUACUUGGAACUGAAAUGGAUUACAUUGAAAACAAAUUAAGCUCUGAAUUUGUGUUCAACAAUCCCAAUAUUAAGGGUACAUGUGGGUGUGGAGAAAGUUUUAGUGUUUAAUAGUAGAAAAUAUAGAUUAAAACUUGCAUACACUUAUCAGCUUGGUGUAUGUACCUAUCAAGAUUGAUAAUCUUUAGUGGUAUUCAUCCAAGACUUUUCGUUUUGUUUCUCUUUUUUCGUGAUCUGCAGAAAAAAUUGUUUUGCAUAACUUAUUGUACAAAAUGUAAGUCAGACAGUCAAAUAUAUAUGAAAUUACUCGUGAGAUCUCACAAGUAUUCGAAUACUUUUAAUGUAAAUGUAUAAUUAUGAAUGUAUAAAUUGUACAUAGUUGCUUAAUCAAUACAAAAGUUAAAUAAUAUA